GGUGGGCAUCCUCUACCUCCUUUCCAUGGCGGCCGCGCUGGAUUUCAAGUACCACCACACCGAGGAGCUGGAGGCGUACCUGAAGGGGGUUCAUGCCGCGUACCCCUCCCUCACCCACUUGCACAGCAUCGGGCGCUCGGUGGAAGGUAGAGACCUGUGGGUUCUUGUUCUGGGAAGGUUUCCAACCCAUCAUAAGAUUGGCAUUCCAGAGUUCAAGUAUGUUGCUAAUAUGCAUGGGGAUGAGACUGUUGGGAGAGAAAUCCUGCUCCAUUUGAUAGACUUCCUGGUGACUAGCUAUAGACGUGACCCAGUUAUUACCCGGUUACUCAAUAAUACCCGGAUUCAUAUCAUGCCGACAAUGAAUCCUGAUGGAUUUGAAGCUACAGAAGAGCCUGACUGUUAUUAUACACGAGGAAGGUACAAUAAGAAUGGAGAAGAUCUGAACAGGAAUUUUCCUGACGCCUUUGAAAAUAACCACGCCAGCAUUCAGCCAGAGACUCAAGCAGUAAUGAACUGGAUAAAAAACGAAACGUUUGUUCUUUCAGCAAACUUGCACGGAGGUGCCCUGGUUGCCAGUUACACCUUUGAUAACGGUAACUCAGUUACCGGCUCUUUGAAAGGCUAUAGCAGGUCUCCAGAUGAUGAUGUCUUUAUUCACCUGGCAAAAACCUAUUCUUCCAACCACGCCAGCAUGUACAAAGGGACUGGGUGUGACAACAGACAAACCUUUCCAGAAGGCAUUACCAACGGGUAUUCUUGGUACCAGCUGGAAGGUGGAAUGCAAGAUUACAACUAUGUCUGGGGACAAUGUUUUGAAAUUACAUUGGAGCUGUCAUGCUGUAAAUAUCCUCCAGCAGACCAGCUGGAAGACUUCUGGAGAGACAACAAAGUUGCUCUAAUCGAAUACAUAAAACAAGUACAUCUAGGUGUCAAGGGUCAAGUCACUGAUAAGAACGGGAAUCCUAUUCCCAAUGCCAUCGUGGAAGCCAAAGGAAGGCGUCACGUCUGCCCCUACAGAACAAAUGAACAAGGGGAGUACUUUCUUCUCCUUUUGCCUGGGACGUAUGUGAUCAACGCUACUGUACCGGGAUAUCGAUCGAUGCUGGAGACAGUGGAAAUACCCAACAAUACUGGUAACUUCAGUGCUUUGAGACACGACUUCUCUUUCUCAGAAGUCUCUAUCAGAUCAAGAGCAGCUUCAUGUCCCAAAACUCCCCUCUACCAAGAGCUUGAACAGCCUUCAGCUGCAGUAAAACCAACUCUACACCUCUUGGUUCUAAUGACCGUUAUGGUCCUAACUUUCAAAUGAAGUCAAGAGUGACAUG